AUUACGCCGUCGAUUAACUAGUUCAUUACGCAAUUAUAGAAUGAGUAACUUCUACGCCACUACAAUAGAGUUAAGUUUAGGAUCAACCAUCAAAUAAUCAAUCAAAUCAUCAAAUGAUGAUGAUAUACUCUAAUUCUAAUCGUCAUAUAUAAAUCUCUAUUACUCUCUUUAUAUAUAAAUCCACAAAAAUAUAAUAAAAAAAAACAUCAAUAAUCAUUGUAAAAAAAACUUAUUUCAUCAUCUAAUUUGACUUUUAAUUUUUUCACUUGGGUUUUGCUGCUUUGUUCUUCUCUAAUGGCGGAGGAAAUCAAGAUUUUAUCUUUCCUAUCCGAAUUCAGAGCUUCUGCUAACUCUUUAUUGUCUAAAUAUGAGCCACUUGCUUUAGUUCUUAUUCCAAUAUUCUCUCUUUUUAUUGCUCGAUUGUUUCAAUCUGCUAUUGUUGGUGUACAAGAAAAUGGGCUCAAAUCCAGUCUUAUAGCCUCCUUCAUGUAUAUAAUCAAGUUGGUUCCUGGAGUUAGGAGCUAUCUGGAUGCUGAAAAACAGAAGGUUGUAGAUAAGUUGCAAUCAGGAAAUAAAUCUAAAAGAGAAGGUUGGAGAACUCAGUUACCAACUGCUGGCUUAGGAAAUAGAGUUCUUGAAUUGAUGGAAGAAGAAAAGAGGAAGGAUGUGGCUUGGCAAGGCAAAUGUUCUGGUACAGUAUACAUUGGAGGAACUGAGUCUGAAGGUCAUUUUUCAUUGAUAAACGAGGCAUGCUCAAUGUUUGCACAUACCAACCCAUUACACUUGGAUGUGUUCCAAAGUGUAGUUCAUUAUGAAGCAGAAGUAGUUGCAAUGACAGCUGCAUUGCUCGGAAGAAAGGCUUCUGGGGAUCAGAUUUGCGGAAACAUGACUUCAGGAGGCACUGAGAGUAUACUAUUGGCCGUCAAAUCUUCACGGGACUACAUGAGAACUAAGAAGGGAAUACAAAAUCCAGAAAUGAUUAUCCCUGUAUCUGCGCACUCAGCCUAUGACAAGGCUGCCCAGUAUUUCAAAAUUAAACUUAGGCGUGUUCCUGUGAACAAUGAAUUUCAGGCAGACGUGAAAGCAAUCAGACGUUGUAUGAAUAAGAACACCAUCUUGAUUGUUGGAUCUGCACCUGGGUUCCCACAUGGCAUUAUUGAUCCCAUCAAAGAGCUUGGCCAAUUAGCGAUGAGAUUUGGGGUUUGCUUGCAUGUUGAUCUUUGUCUUGGUGGAUUUGUUCUCCCUUUUGCGCGCAAACUUGGGUAUCCAAUUCCACCCUUUGAUUUCUCCGUCCAAGGAGUUACCUCAAUUUCUGCUGAUGUACAUAAAUACGGCUUGGCCCCCAAGGGAACUAGUGUAGUCCUCUACCGAAAUCAUGAAAUCAGGAAGCAUCAAUUUGUCGCUGUAACCGAAUGGUCUGGUGGUCUAUAUGUAUCUCCAACGAUAGCCGGGAGCAGAUCCGGGGGUUUGAUUGCUGGUGCUUGGGCAGCAAUGAUGUCUUUAGGAGAGGAAGGGUACUUGGAAAAUACGAGACGGAUUAUGGAGGCGUCAAAGAAGAUUCAAGAAGGAAUAAAGGGUAUCCCGGAGUUGUUCAUUGUUGGAAAACCCGACAUGACUAUUGUGGCGUUUGCUUCCGACAAGCUAGAUAUAUUCGAAGUCAAUGACAUAAUGUCAUCUAAAGGCUGGCAUCUGAACGCCCUGCAGCGACCCAACAGUUUGCAUAUCUGUGUAACUCUUCAACAUGUACCGGUGGUUGACGAUUUCCUCAGAGAUUUGCAGGAGUCAGUGAAAACGGUAAAAGAAAAUCCAGGUCCGAUCAGUGGAGGACUCGCUCCGAUAUAUGGUGCUGCUGGGAGAAUGCCUGAUAGAGUUAUGGUACAGGAAUUGCUGGUUAAUUUCAUGGAUAGCUCUUGUUGAUACCCCCAUUUUUAGGUUAAUUGCAGUUAUUUUUUUCCAAAAAUAAUGUAAAAAUGUUGUUUUUAUUGAGGACUGGAUAUAACUAAUUUAACAGUAAGCUUGGUUAGUACAAAGGUUGUGUGUUUAAAAGGAAAAUUGUUGGUUGAAAGACUCAUCUUUGCU